AUGCUAUUAGGCAACGACAGGCUUCCGGUAGCGGAAGUCGUGGACGUGGGACUCGCGGAAAUGCUGGUCGUGGAAGGGAAGGAAACAAUAGGGGACGUAGCGGCGGAGGUGGCCGAGGAGGAAAAUUCUAAAAAAGAUAUUUUAUUUACCAGCUUUAUUUUCUAA